AUGGGCAUGUGUUGCUCGUCGAAGAAGCACCGUAAAUUGUUGAAAAAACGUCCAUCGUUGUCAUCGAUUAUAGAUUCAGAUGAUCAGCGUAAAAUCGUCAAUUUUGAUUCAUGCCCAAGUUAUACAGUACCAGAUUCGUUGAUUAUUUACAGCCAUAACAAAGAGUUGACAUUGGACAAUGCCGAUACACUUCACAGACAGACACUAGACUUUUCAACCAGCGAUGAAUUCAAACUUCAGGAAUAUGAGGAUAUUCAAUUUAUCGUGGAUUCUGAUCAAAUAACAAGUAUGCUCAGUAGACCAUUUCCAAAUUCAUAUACAACAGACAUAGAACAACUAGAACUUGAAUUAGCCGCAAUAGAUAUGAAUAAUGAAGUCACAGCACCGUUGAGUACUUUUGAUCAAUAA